GUGUCCAAUCAUACCGCAGCACACAGAAGCUUUGUGGUAAAGUACAGUAGUUAGCUGUCGUCCAGAUCAACAAGCCACUAUUUUGGAAGCAGUUUGACAAACACUGACUGUUCCUCGGUUGAUGUCAGUCGCUAUCUGUUUCCAGCGAGACGUGUCACGCGUGAUCCGCGAUAAACCAGCACAAAACUAGCCAGCCACAUAGCUCCGAAGCGAUCAGGUUGGAUGACAUCGUCGGCUUUUUAACUUUAAGACAGCUAGCUCGCUUUUUUAUCCAUUUCACUUCUGACAGCAAGUCAACAUUGUUUUUUAAUUUGGCCGAUUCUUUACAGUAAUACAACCAAGCUAGCAAGAAACUUUUCAUCGUUAUUUCAUCAAGUUGUCACCAACGCUAGCUUUUGUUUGUUUUUUUGUUUGUUUUUUUGGCAAACAGAACAACACUUGGCUUUUUUUCUUCCUUCCUUUCUUUUUUUUCUUUUUUUUAAAAAAAAUAUAUGUCAGUCUACUCUUCGUUUUGUUUUUGUCAACAAACCGCGUUUUUUCUUGAAGAAGUGCCGAGAAAACCAACGACGUUUAGCAAACACUGUGCUUAAUACAGAAGGCAGAGCAACCGUAGCCGUUGGAGAAGCGUCAGCCUCGACUAGCCAGCUAACACCAAACCCUUAAAGUCACCUGAACCGUUUGAGCAGUCAUUAAGGAACAGACUGGUGUGGCUUUUAAACCCCAGUGGUGCUGCAUUCACGACCUUUAACUUUUAAAUAUCCCAUUUGAUACACUGCAGGAGGAACUCUUUCAACGUUACCUCUCGCUUUAAAAAAAAAAAACACACACACACACACACACAGAACAAGUGACAGAGCUGCAGAGCCAGUGGGACCUGAAGAAGGUUGUGUACAGACACGGAAUCCCUCACCGGAUUGUUAUAAUAUCGGUGUUAUUGUUGAAAAUGGCGGCGAUCGGACUGGUGCAGAUGUUGAUCGAAGCAGCCGAGUACCUUGAGCGCAGAGAACGAGAAGCUGAACACGGCUAUGCCUCCAUGCCACCCUUCAUCAGCAGCCGGGAGAGGGAAAGCUUGAAAAGGAAAAGCAAAAGCAAGAAAAACACAAGUAGCAGGUCUACGCACAAUGAAAUGGAAAAGAACAGACGGGCACAUCUACGGCUGUGUUUAGAGCGCUUGAAAUCCCUCGUUCCCCUAGGACCAGAUGCUAACAGGCACACCACCCUCAGCCUACUGAUGAAGGCCAGAGAUCAUAUCAAGAGGUUGGAGGAGAGUGAUAGGAGAGCUCAGCACACUGUGGAGCAGCUACAGCGGGAGCAGAGACACCUGAGGAGGCGUCUGGAGCAGCUGGGGGUGGAGAGGACCCGCAUGGACAGUACCGGCUCCACCCUGUCCUCUGACAAGUCCGACUCUGACCAAGAGGACCUGGACGUAGAUGUGGAGGGGACGGACUACCUGCUGGGUGACCUGGAGUGGAGCACCAGCAGUGUGAGCGACUCGGGGGACGAGCGAGGCAGCCUGCGCAGCAGCUGUAGCGACGAGGGCUACUCCAGCGCCAGCCUGCUGCGCCUGCAGGACACUCAUGAGAUGGUCAAGCAGCUGGGCUGCAGCCUAUAGACAGCACUGCUCACCGACCCAAAUCCCCCCGCUGCCCCUUUAGCCAGUCCCGCCCCAACAUUGUAUCACCACUACCUAUUCCGGCUCAGACCUCACCCAUUCCCCAUCCCUUGUCUCCCUCCUUCCCCACCAGGACCGACCAAGUCUGAGGCUUCUCCUCCAGCCAGGCUUCUGUGGACUUCCUGUCCCGAUGGUGACUUCCAUUCAGACUACGACACCUCCAAGACAGCCGCCCACAUCCAGCACAUCAUCAGUGGUCAGUCUCAAGGAUGUCGUCUGCUCUGCUCUGCACCAAUCAAACGAGGAAUCUAAAGACACUCCAACCCUCCGCCCAUCUGUCUGUUCAUCAGUCCGUCCGACUGUCAGAAACACAACUUUCAGCCAGAGAAUGUUACCACACAAUAUCCCACUGCCUCUUUUUCUAUGCCUCAAGAGCCAUGGGAAGCACUUAUGAGAUUUCACCCUUACUUCACACACACACACACACACACACACACACACACACACACACACACACACACACACACACACACACACACACACACACACACACACACACACACACACCUCCAUUGUUCCAAGUUGUCCACUGAGACAGAGUCGUCCCAAAGGUGUGACACUUACAUGAUGUGGGGCUUUUUUUCUGCCCUGCUCACCAGUCAACCAACCGUGCAUGGUGUUUUGCACUUAUACUUGCUUUUAUGAACAAAAAAUGCUGUCUCUUUAAAAAAAAACAAACAAAAAAAAAA